AUGACUGAAAGUGAUAUCGAUAAAGGAUGGACAUCGGUUGCUGAGCAGUUCGACGUGCAGGCCACGAUUCACAGCAAUCUGGGCUCAGCUCUCACCGAUGACGUAAUUCAGCCGUUACGUUCAAUCCAGCUCACUGAGGCGAAGACUAUCCGAGCGGCGUCGCUGAAAAAGAAGCGUCUUGAGGAUCAAGUAAAAAAGCAAGAAGAAAGCUACAUUUGGGAUGCGGUUGACCUGGAGAAACAGCGCCGAUUAUCAGGAGGUCAAGGGUUUUGCCCCCCUAUGCAAUCGAGCAAUCAUCCUUGUCCGUUUAUAGUCAUCGUGACCACCAAUUCUGAGCAGGACUCUGUUGAAGAUACCCCUUGA